AUGGCAAGCCAUAAAGGUCAACCAUCCAUUGGUCCGGAGGAUCCUCCCUCCCAAUCGGAAUGUCCUACUACAGGGCACAGUGACCAUGACACAGCCUACCAUCCCAACUACAAGUGGAAUGCCUGUACGACCUGUCGGCGGAUGAAGUCUAAAUGUGAUAUGGAAAAGCCUACCUGUGGAGCUUGCUCUAAAUAUAACCGGACAUGCGCCUACGAAACAACGCGGAAGAAAAGUGGCCCAAAGAGAGGAUAUACGGCUGUCUUAGGUUCUCGAUUAGCACAGGUGGAGGCACUGCUGAGUACCCAUAUGCCUAGCAUUGCAGGGAAUCAAACCCCUUCUGCCAUUCUUCUGGAUCAAUGGAUAGAUAGCGCCGCUCAACCUAAUAUGAGCGAUACUAGCUCUCAUCCAAACUCGAUGGCAGAAACUGACUCCUCGCCAUCAAGCGCCACCGAGGGGACAUAUCCAGGACCCAGCGUUGGGAUGGGUAUGAUUAGUUUAGGGAACCGGAUCUACUUCGAAGAUGUGCAUAUUUACAUGCAGAUUAUACAUCAUCAGAGGCACUUGGCUGCGUUGCAUCAUGCUGCCCAUGCCCAACCUCCGAUUUGUCUCCAAUACAUGAUCUGGUGCCAUGCAGCCCUAGUCAGCGAAAGGUAUAAUCAUCUACAUACAACGUUCUACGAAAGAGCCCGCAAGUACGCCGAGGUGGAUGAGAUGAAAGGCUAUGGCGCAGGGAUCCUCUCAUUAGCACAUGCUCAGACAUGGCUGCUUAUCACUGUAUACGAGUACAAGAUGAUGUUCUUUCCGAGGGCUUGGUUAAGCUGUGGAAAGGCAUCUAGGCUCGCGAUUAUGCUAGGGCUGCAUCAGCUAGACAGCCCGAAUUCCCAGGUGAAACAGUGCUUUAUACCUUCUACCGAUUGGGUGGAGAAGGAAGAGCGACGAAGGGUCUUCUGGACGACCUUUUGUAUUGAUAAAUUUGCUGUCAUUGGAACGGGAUGGCCUGUCGGGGUCGACGAGACGGAGAUCAUGACAAAUCUCCCCGCGAGUGAGGAAGCCUUUAUCGCUGGCAAGUCAGAACCAACGGCACGUCUUAAUGACGUUUUGAAGGGUGAGGGAUUGGCAACACUGUCCCCUUUAGCAAGCAUCGGCUUCGUGUCAUGCAUCUUCGGCCGAAUUACAAACCAUCUUCGUCUCCCUCACUCGCAAGAUGACGAUAGUUACAGCACUGGAGGCUUUUGGCAGCGGCACAGAUCUUGCGACGAGAUUCUCCUCCAAUUUUCUCUGUCAAUGCCAAAUCAUCUACGUCUUCCCAAUGGGAUGGGCAAUCCCAAUAUUAUUUUCUGUAACAUUGCCCUUCACACGGCCGUUAUAUGCCUUCAUCAAGCUGCGAUCCACAGAGCGGAGUGGAACAACAUAUCAGAGUUUCCCAUUAUUGAAAGCAUGCUAAGGUGCAGUGCUGCGGCUCAACGGAUUCUGGAGAUUAUAAAGAUGGUUGGCCCUAUAAACAUGAGCAAGGUGAAUCCUUUCUUGUCAUUCUGUGUCUAUGUGGCAGCACGCGUAUACAUUCAGCAUCUCAAGCUUGAUCCUGAAAAUACAGAAGCCCACUCUGCUUUCCAGUUUUUCCGUUCAGUUAUCCAUACCCUCAAAGCUACAAAUCCUCUCGCUGAAUCCUUCCUCUUCCAGUUGGAUGUUGACAGUCAAGGGGGGUCUUUCGAAGGCCUUCGGCUACCGACAAACAAUUUCCCUGUUUCGAUGCUUUCCCCUAGUAACCUAUAG